AUGGCUAUGAGCGACGUAGAACAGGUCGAGACCGAGGUAGAACAGGUCCAGACCCAGGUAGAAGAGGUGGAGACCCAGUUAGAACAGGUGGAGACCCAGGUAGAACAGGUGGAGACCCAGGUAGAACAGGUCGAGACCCAAGUAGAACAGGUAGAGAUCCAGGUAGAACAGGUGGAGUCCCAGGUAGAACAGGUGGAGACCCAGGUAGAACAGGUGGAGUCCCAGGUAGAUCAGGAGUCCCAGGUAGAACAGGUCGAGACCCUGGUAGAACAGGUGGAGUCCCAGGUAGAACAGGUCGAGACCCAGGUAGAACAGGUCGAGUCACAGGUAGAACAGGUGGAGACCCAGGUAGAACAGGUGGAGACCCAGGUAGAACAGGUCGAGACCGAGGUAGAACAGAUCGAGACCCAGGUAGAAUAGGUGGAGACCCAGUUAGAACAGGUGGAGACCCAGGUAGAACAGGUGGAGACCCAGGUAGAACAGGUCGAGACCCAAGUAGAACAGGUCGAGAUCCAGGUAGAACAGGUGGAGUCCCAGGUAGAACAGGUGGAGACCCAGGUAGAACAGGUGGAGUCCCAGGUAGAACAGGUCGAGACCCAGGUAGAACAGCUCGAGACCCAAGUAGAACAGGUGGAGAUCCAGGUAGAACAGGUGGUGUCCCAGGUAGAAUAGGUCGAGACCCAGGUAGAACAGGUAGAGACCCAGGUAGAACAGGUGGAGACCCAGGUAGAACAGGUCGAGACCCAGGUAGAACAGGUCGAGACCCAAGUAGAACAGGUCGAGACCCAGGUAGAACAGGUGGAGACCCAGGUAGAACAGGUGGAGUCCCAGGUAGAACAGGUCGAGACCCAGGUAGAACAGGUCGAGACACAGGUAGAACAGGUGGAGACCCAGGUGGAACAGGUGGAGACCCAGGUAGAACAGGUCGAGUCCCAGGUAGAACAGGUCGAGACCCAGGUAGAACAGGUGGAGUCCCAGGUAGAACAGGUCGAGACCCAGGUAGAACAGGUCGAGUCACAGGUAGAACAGGUGGAGACCCAGGUAGAACAGGUGGAGACCCAGGUAGAACAGGUCGAGACCGAGGUAGAACAGGUCGAGACCCAGGUAGAAUAGGUGGAGACCCAGUUAGAACAGGUGGAGACCCAGUUAGAACAGGUCGAGACCCAGGUAGAACAGGUGGAGACCCAGGUAGAACAGGUCGAGUCCCAGGUAGAACAGGUGGAGAC